AUGGCGUCGCAGGCCCUCGCCGCCUGCGCGCCGCCGGCGGCCUGCAGCAUCUACGACGCCGACGCCGCGAGCGCCUGCGUCAUGUGGAGCCCGUCGGCCGGCGCGGCGUCCUACGCCGUCGAGAUGCGCGCCGCGGGCGACGAGGCCUGGACGACGCUGUCGACGACGCUCAAGGCCUGCAAGUGCCGGAAGAAGGGCCUCGACGCCUCGCGGGCCUACGAGUUCCGCGUCGCGGCCGUCGACGCGGCGGGCGCCGUCGGCGAGUUCUCCGGCAUCGCCAAGGUCGCGAGCCGCGCGGACGUGGCGCAGCAGCCCGCGCCCGUCGUGAGCGCCGUCGACGGCGAGUCCGUGACCGUGCAGUGGAGCGGCGGCGAGGGGCCCUACGCGCUGCAGUUCGCCGCCGAGGAGGACCUGCGCGCGGACGCGACGACGCCCUGGCGGCUCGCGGCCGCGUCCGUCAACGGCACGGUGGCCAAGAAGAAGAAUCUCGACGGCGGCAAGCGCUACGCGUUCCGCGUCAAGCCCGCGGACGCGUCCGGCUACGAGUGGUCGCGCGCGUCGGAGACGGCGCUGAUCCCGCGCGCGGCGCCCUUCAUGGCGCGCUGCUUCGGGACGGACCUCGUCAACAGGAGCGGCGGGACGAAGACGACGGGCCCGUCGCUCGCGGGCAAGAUCGUCGCCGUCUACGCGUCGGCGAACUGGUGACCCCCGUGCCGCAACUUCUCGCCGAACCUCGUGCGCGACUACAACGUGCUCAAGGCGGCGGGGAGGCCCUUCGAGGUCGUCUGGCUGUCCUGCGAGCGGGACCCGGAGGCCUUCUCGAGCACCUUCGCCCAGUUCCCCUUCCUCGCCGUGCCCUUCGACAACGACGAGCGCGAGCGGGCCCUCGGCAACUUCAACGUCUCGGGCAUCCCGCGCCUCGUCAUCCUCGGGCCCGACGGCCGCGAGCUCGUCAACAACGCCGUCGGCAUGAGCCUGUCCAUCGCGACGGUCGACGGCUGGAUGCGCCAGGCCAAGGGGCACAAGUAG